AUGGAUAACGAACUUAGAAGAGGAGAAGAAAUUUCAUUGGCACUUCUCAAAACUAUUGAAGUGUCAAAGAUUUCAAUCAUUGUACUCUCUAAAAACUAUGCAUCAUCUCAAUGGUGCUUGGACGAGCUAAUGAAGAUCCUUAGUUGUAGAGAAAUAAGGGGGCAACAGGUUCUAGUAUUGUUCUACGACGUAGAUCGGUCGGAAAUACGGUAUCAAACCAAUGGUGUUGGAGAAGCAUUCACCAAAGUUGAAAAAAGGUUCAAGGAUGAUGAAAUGAAGGUGAAGGGAUGGAUGACAACCGUAAGAGACGUGGCCAAUUUGUCCGGAAUGCCUUUGGGGAAUAGGAAUGAACCUGAAUUUAUUCACGAAGUCAUUGAAUGGGUGAAUUCUAUAUUAGUAAAACAAAUAUACUUCCAAGUUGCCCCAUAUCCAGUUGGAAUAGAGUCUUGUGUACGAGAUGUGAAGUCGCUUUUAGAUAUAGAGAAGAAUGACAUUACAUGGAUGGUAGGAACGUUCGGAAUUGGUGGAAUUGGUAAGACAACUAUCGCCAAAUUUAUCUACAACGCAAUUGCUUCUCAAUUUGAAGAUAGUUGUUUUCUUGAAAACAUUAGAGAAACUUAUAGCCAAAAGGGUAUGAUCCAUUUGCAAAAUAAACUUCUUUCUAAGAUUCUAGGAGACCCAAACCUAAUGGUUCGCAAUGUUGAUCAAGGAAUUACGUUGAUCGAGCAGAGGCUACACAAUUUAAGGAGUUGGAUCACAAUGAAGCUCUUCAACUCUUUAGUUGGAAUGCCUUUAAAAAUUGACAAACCUAAAGACGAUUAUGAGGAAGCCACAGAAGGUGCAAUAUGUUAUAGGGAAGGAUUGCCACUAUCUUGCUUUGUCAAAGCAUCAUCAUUUGGAAUACGUGUAUACAAAGAUUCUACUUUGCCCUCAUUAUACAAGUGUGAGCUUGAAAUGUCCAUAUAA